AUGGCCAACUUCCGCCAAUUCCGCCCAGAUGAUCUCAACAAAUUCUCAAAGUGCAACCUCGACCCCUUUACAGAAACAUACGAACUUGGAUUUUACUUGCAGUACCAUGCAAAGUGGCCAUCGCUCUUCCAGGUCGCCGAAGAUCAGCAUGGCAACAUAAUUGGAUACAUCAUGGGCAAACUUGAGUCCUCACCAGACUACUACAAGUUCUCAGAGCACUACCUCCCUUGGCACGCCCACAUCACCGCAGUCACCGUAGCGCCCGAGGCUCGUCGUCUGGGCAUUGGCAAGAUGCUUACGGAGCAGCUAGAGGCCGCUGCUGACGCCAACGAUGCCUGGUUCGUCGAUCUGUUUGUGAGAAGCACCAACCACAAGGCCAUCCAGUUCUACAAGAGCAUGGGCUACAGCAUCUUCCGCACCGUCAAGGACUACUACGGCGACCACUCGAGCGACCCGACCAAGUCGUCGGAGGAUGCCUACGAUAUGCGCAAACCCAUGAAGAGAGACGUCAAGAAGGAGCACAUUCGGGAAGAUGGCGAAAAGUUCGAGGUAGACCCGAGCGAUGUGUGGUGA